AUGAUUAGAUUAGACGUGCCAACACCUUGAGCAAUAAGAUUUCAAGACUCCGCUACACCAAAUAGUGAGGGUAUUCAUGAAUUAUAUGACCAUAUUAUGUAUUAUCUUACAUUAAUAUUAGGUUUAGUUUCAUAUUUAUUAUAUGUUAUUAUUAAAGAUUUUAAAAAUAAUAAAUUUGCAUAUAAAUAUAUUAGACAUGGACAAACUAUUGAAAUUGUUUGAACUUUAUUCCCUGCUGUUAUAUUAUUAUUAAUUGCUUUCCCUAGUUUUAUUUUAUUAUAUUUAUGUGAUGAAGUUUUAACUCCAGCUAUGACUAUUAAAGUUAUAGGUUUACAAUGAUAUUGAAAAUAUGAAUAUUCAGACUUUGUAAGCGAAACAGGAGAAUCUAUUGAAUUUGAGUCAUAUAUUAUUCCUGAUGAUUUAUUAGAAGAAGGACAACUUAGAUUAUUAGAUACUGAUACAUCUAUUGUUGUUCCUGUUGAUACACACAUUAGAUUUGUUGUUACUGCUAAUGACGUUAUUCAUUGUUUCACUAUACCUUCAUUAGGUAUUAAAAUUGAUGCUACACCUGGUCGUUUAAACCAAGUUAGUGCUUUAAUCCAACGUACUGGUGUUUAUUAUGGACAAUGUUCAGAAUUAUGCGGUGUAAACCAUGCAUUAAUGCCGAUAAAAUUAGAGUGUGUUUCAAUUAGUGACUUCAUUGAAUGAUUAUCAGAAGCUGCUGAAUAA